GGUGCGGCCGCCUCGUGGAACGCCUCGUGGGGAGCGCUCGGUCUGUUCCGUACGUCGAGCUGCUGCGCGUCUCUCUCGGCCACGCCAACGACGCUCGUGACGAGCCGACGGCAAGAGCGGAUCACACCACCACCACCACAGUGACGACAGCGUCGCGUCGCGGCCGGCGGCAGUUCGGCUACACUUCGGCAGUCUGCACCUGACGAGCAUGCUGCUGUAGGCGGCGGCCAUGACGGAAGAAGAGCCGGCGGGCGAGCGGCUCGACCCCGAGGACCUCGGCGAGGAUCCCGAGGACGGGGUGGUGGCCUCUCCGCCCCUCGCCGCCCCCACGCAGGCGGCCACCCCCUCCGCUGCUGGCGCCGCCGCUGCGGACGUGCCCACGACCACCAUCACCACCACCAGCGAAGACGAUGGCCCGAGCGAGACGCCCGCCGCCGCCAGCACCACCGUCAUCGCCGACGACGAGGGGUCAGCCGACCCGGCCGACCCGGCCGACCCGGCCGACCAGCCGCAGACACUGGAGACGGCGGAGAGGUGCGAUCGAGAAGAAGUUCCUCCUGAGCAUCCCGCCACCCCGGAGGCCAUAAGCACCCAGAGGGUGUUCAAAAAGUCCUCGUCCAACAACAAGCUGACCAUCUACCUCGGCUCGCGGGACAUCAUCAUCGCCAACAGGUGCUCGGAGCGGGUGCGCGGCGUCGUGGUGGUGGACCCCGACUACCUACAGGAGCGGAAGGUGUUCGGCCAGAUCACGCUCACGUUCCGCUACGGCCGCGAGGACGAAGAGGUGAUGGGGCUCAAGUUCUGCAACGAGGCCAUCAUGUGCCUGGCGCAGCUGUACCCGCCUCAGACCUUCGUCUGA